UUCUUCUCAGUCACAUUCGCACCCAUUCUCUAAGGCGCACACACGAGAAGCGUCGGGCUUAUGUGGAUACUGAAGAAGCGCCGCGAAUUUAUUGAAUCUUUUGAUAUUUUACAGUAGAAAGAAAACAUAGAAGUCUUUCUACACUUUAAUGUAUUUGUUAUUUAUUUUUUCCUCUUCUUUCAUUGAUUUUGGGGAGCAGAGACACAGGAGGAGUCAUGCCACACUAGUGAGUGGACAUCUGUCUCUGUUUUCCUCUGUGGAAGUAGUCGCUUGUUCAAGAAGAUGGGGGCAACAAUGACUCAAAGCAAAGGAAUCCUUUUUUCUCCGGCUCUCAUCCGACUACUGCUGCUGUUCGCGGUGACGCACGAAGCCGCUGGUAAGACUUUAAAAUAUAAAGUUUACGAGGAGCAGAAAGUGGGCACGGUGAUUGCACGUUUAAGAGAAGAUGUUGCCAGUGUUUUAUCUAAAUUGCCGAGUUCUUUGACCUUUCGGUUCCGCGCUAUGCAACGAGGGAGCACGUCAUUCCUGUCUGUGCGGGAGGAGGACGGAGAAAUCAGCAUUAGCACCAAAAUCGACCGCGAGAAGCUUUGUGAAAAAAACUUGAACUGCUCGAUUGAAUUCGACGUGGUCACGCUGCCAACGGAAUAUCUGCAGUUGUUUCACGUAGAGGUGGAAGUGCUGGAUAUUAACGACAACUCCCCGCACUUCUCCCGCUCCAUUGUCCCAAUUGAGAUCUCCGAGAGCGCAGCUGUGGGGACGCGAAUCCCGCUGGACGGCGCAAUAGACGCGGAUGUUGGAGAGAACUCUCUGCACACUUACUCGCUGACACCCAAUAACUUCUUUAAGAUCGAUGUGAGAACCAGGACUGACGGAGCGAAGUAUGCAGAGCUGGUGGUGAUGAGGGAGCUGGACAGGGAGGUGCAGUCCAGCUACCAGCUCCAGCUUACUGCAUCGGAUAAUGGCGUACCCCCCAAGUCUGGCUCCACUUUGGUCAAGAUCAGCAUCUCUGAUUCAAAUGAUAACAGCCCAGCCUUUGAGGAUCAGGCUUACAUCAUCAAUUUGCUGGAAAACUCUCCCCUCGGGACCCAAAUCAUUGAUUUAAACGCCACAGAUCCAGAUGAGGGCACUAAUGGGAAAAUUGUCUACUCUUUCAGCAGUCAUGUUUCCCCAAAGAUUCUGGAAACAUUUAAGAUCAACCCAGAAAAGGGCCACAUUACUCUUAUUAAAAAAGUGGACUAUGAAUCAACAGCUUCCUAUGAGCUGGAUGUGCAGGCUCAGGACCUGGGCCCGAACUCAAUCCCUGGACUUUGCAAAAUUGUGGUGAAAGUGGUGGAUAUAAAUGACAACAAACCAGAGAUAAACAUCAAUCUGAUGACUCCUGGCAAAGAAGAAGUGGCCUACAUCUCAGAAGGAGCCCCUGUGGACACUUUCAUAGCUCUGGUGCGCGUUGAUGAUAGCGAUGCAGGUCUAAAUGGUGAGGUUGUGUGCAGGCUGCACGGCCACGGCCAUUUCAGACUCCAGAAGACACAUGAGAAGAACUACAUGAUUCUCACCAACAUCUCACUGGACAGGGAGAAGAGGUCAGAGUACAGUCUGACAGUCAUAGCUGAGGACAGGGGCACUCCCAGUCUCUCCACCAUCAAACAUUUCACCGUUCAGGUGCUGGAUGAAAAUGACAAUCCUCCACGUUUUGAGAAGAGCCACUAUGAGGUCUUCAAAUCAGAGAACAACUCUCCGGGAGCCUAUCUGAUGACUGUGGUGGCCUCAGAUCCAGAUCUGGGUACCAAUGGCCAGGUCACAUACACCAUCAUAGAUGCUCUGGUUCAAGGGAGCCCCAUCUCUACCUAUGUCACCAUUGAUCCAUCUAAUGGUGCUAUUUAUGCCUUACGCAGCUUCGAUCAUGAAGACGUAAGUCGGAUUGCCUUCACUGUUCAGGCACGAGAUGGAGGAAACCCGCCACUGUCAGUUAACGCCACUGUCCUUCUCACUGUGUUGGAUGAAAACGACAACCCACCCAUUGUCCACUCCCCCGCCCUCCAGAAUCACACUGCUGAACUCCUGGUGUGGAAGUAUGCAUCCCCGGGUCAGCUGAUAACUGUACUUAAAGUCACGGACCGCGAUGCUGGUGCCAAUGGCGAAGUGAGCUGCACCAUUGUUGGUGGCAAUGAGGACAGGCUGUUUGUGAUGGACAUCCAGCGAUGUGAGCUCAGAACAAAUGCCAGUCUGGAACAGGCUCUUCGGGAUGUGAUGGAGCUCAGGGUAGAGGUGCAGGACAGGGGCACCAGUCAGCUGACCACAGGAGUCAUCCUCAGACUUUCCUUGCAGGAGAACAUGGACAGCCUCCCUCCUCUCUACCCGACUGGCCCCAGCCAAGCCUCACUGGAUCUCUCUCUCAUUGUCAUCAUCUCUCUGGGUGCUGUAUGUGCUCUUCUGCUCAUUGUCAUGGUGAUGUUUGCCACCACUCGCUGCAGCCGCGAGAAGAAAGACCCCAGGCACAACUACAACUGCCGUGUGGCAGAAAAUAGCUACCAGAACCACCCAAAGAAGCCCACCAGGCAGAUCCACAAAGCUGACAUCACCUUGGUCCCUACUGUCAAUGGGACACUGCCUGUUCGUGCACACCCACGCUCACCGUCAGCCUCUCCUACACCUGAGAGGGGAACUCUGGGGAGCAGGCAGAGCCAUCACAGCCGCCAGUCCCUCAACAGCCUGGUCACCAUCUCCUCCAAUCAUGUGCCAGAGAAUUUUUCUCUGGAGUUAGCCCACGCCACACCUCCAGUAGAGCAAGUCUCACAGCUUCUGUCCAUGCUCCAUCAGGGCCAGUACCAGCCACGACCAAGCUUCAGAGGCAACAAAUACACCAGGAGUUACAGAUAUGCCUUGAAUGAGAUGGACAAAUUCAGUCUGAAGGACAGUGGCCGUGGAGACAGCGAGGCUGGGGACAGCGACUAUGAGCCUGGCAGGGAGUCACCUUUGGAUAGGCUCCUUGGUGAGGGCUUUACUGAGAUAUAUGCCCCUGAUGGCCAGCACAGAACCCAUGCAGCCAUGAGACAUUGUACGGAGGAGUGUCGUGUCCUGGGUCACUCAGAUCAGUGCUGGAUGCCGCCUUUGACUUCCCCUGCCUCUUCCUCCUCUGAUUACCGCAGCAACCUCUACAUUCCAGGAGAAGAAGCCCGUCAAGUAACUGAUCUGUCCCAGGAGAAGAGCCCACAGCUCUGCACUGUAAACGGCAACUCCAGGAACCAGAGUUUCUCCACCUUUGGAAAGGACCAGGGGAGUGACAAUGGAGAAGAGGAGGGAGCAGAAGAUGGUGGCUGUGAGGACAGAGUUGAAGACCUGUGUGGUACCUCACUUCUGUCAGAGAUGAGCAGUGUAUUCCAGAGGUUGUUACCCCAGGGUCUGGACUCGUACGUCCAGGUCAAUGAGAAAGAGAAGGGGAUGAGCCUGAGUGGAAUGGGUGUACCCAUGACUGGGUCUUUGGAUCGCAGGAGGAGUCAUCUACCUGGCAAGGCAAACCCCUCUGUCCACCAGCAGGGUGUGGCAGCCUGGGCUGCGAACACCCACUUCCAGAACCCAGGAAGCAACAUCAGUCCAUCUGGCCAUCACCAGGGUGGCAGCUACCACACCCUGAAACCCAGCACCAAGCUCAGCUUUCAGAGCAGCAGCCAAAAAGUAUCACAAGUGCUGAAAAACAGCCCACAGAACAGUGGCCAUUCCCCCAAACAACAUAGCACCCCACUGCUCACAGCACUGGUCAGCCCCACUUUGAUGCAGCAUCCCCCAGCACCAGUACCUGUACCUGUACCACUGCCUGGACCCUCCACCAAGUGGCUGCCAGCCAUGGAGGAGAUCCCUGAGAAUUAUGAGGAGGACGACUUUGACUCUGUGCUCAGCCACCUACAGGGGAAACGUAGCAACAGCAGACAUGAGCUGGUGGAUGCCAGUGAGCUAGUGGCAGAAAUCAACAAACUUUUACAGGAUGUCCGGCAGAGCUAGACUUAUUAUUAUUAUUAUUAUUGUUGUUGUUGUUGUUGUUAUUAUUAUUGUUAUUAUUAUUAUUGUUAUUAUCAUUGUUAUAUGUUAUUGUUAUUACCUUUAUUUAUUUUCCACCCAUUCACUGCUUCCAUUUAAAAGAAUACAAUAAAGAAUAAAAGUGAAGGAUUUUAGGUAGUAAAAAAAAAAAUUCCUACUGCAUGAAGCAAGCAAACAAAAAGACAUAAAAGUACAAGACCUGCAAUAGUCGCUAAUUUCAAAUCUAAUAUUUGUAUUUUGUGAAUGCUAAAUAUCCAAAAAAAAUGUUUGUGAUUGUUUGUUUUGGUACACAAUGUACACUAUGUGAUGGUAUUUAUCUUUGUAUUUCAAAAAUACAUUUGUAUAAUUAUAUUUAUAAAAUAGAAAGUGUAUAUAAACUUAAUCAGAAGUCUAUUUUUAUAUUUUGAAUGCAUGUUGAGUACAAAAAUGUUGAAUCAAGACUGACAUGCGAUUGACAUUCUAUGUAUUUAAAUUGUCUUUUGUAUUGUGACUGGGUUUUGUUGUCACUAUGAAAUGUAUACAUCAAUAUGUUGAUAAAGUAAUAAAUACUUGUCCUCGUGGGAUGUGGGCAGGAGAGGACCCAAAUAAAGUCAAAAGUACACAUUG